AUGACGGCACACUUUGACUCGUCCCAUUUCGAGACCGAGAUCCACGACAUGGCCAGCGAAGUCCCCUACAUGAUCGACGUGACCCAGUACGAGAGCCUGAUCAUGUUCCUGCAACGGCUCGCCCACUCGUACGCCGACAUGUCGCACGACGAAAACCUACACCAGGGCCUCCAGGACCUGACAACCGUGGUCAACACCAUCGCGACGCCCGGAAGUUCCCAGCCCGGCGGCGCCGUCUGGAGCGAUCCCCUCGUGACCAGCUGCGUCCACCAGCUGCGGACCGAGGGCCACUGCCUCAACCUGUUUAUGUUCCUGAAGCAGGUCCACGACGACCAAGUCUACCUGGCGUUUGACUCGCAGCUCCACACCACCAUGAACAACGUCGCGGUGCAGCUGGAGGGUAUUUCACUUAACGAGUCGUACAGUGUCGUAGGGGGUUUCGUGAGUGGACACAGCUAG